UUUAUCAGUUCCGUCUGGCACAAUUUUCCGUCCGGAAAACAUAGGGCUGCACCAUAAGGAUGUAAACACAUCGCCACAGUAACCGAGUUCCACAUAGCAACAAGCCGUUCUCAUCGCAGAAAAGGAAAUCAAUGUACAUCUUAGAAAAUUACAGGAAUGUAUUUGUUCGCGAAAUGGUGAUCCUUGAUGAUACAUAGUAAAUCAAAGGUGCGGUAACAACUGAGAACGGGAAAAGAAAGAGGAUAUGUGUCAAGCUAACACUAACAGCUGAACACCGUGUGUAUUAGUAUUUCUAUUAUAAUUUUGUCAAUGAAAAUCAUGGACCCGAAACAUAGGGACGUCCUUCGGAAGAGCCGCCUGUACCUGUCCAGCGAAAUCCUGGUGGAUGACACCAUCGUGCCCUAUCUGUACCAGGAAGGCGUUCUAACGGAGAGCCAAGUGGAGGAGAUCCAGAGUCAGGUGACGAACCGAAAGAAGAACCUGAAGCUGCUCGACAUCCUGCCCACCCGCGGUCCGCGCGCUUUCGGGGCCUUCCUGCGCUCCCUCGAGGAGGAGUUCUCCUGGGUCAAAGAGAAGCUCGAGCAGGACGCGCGGGGGCUCGAGGACAAAGAUGCGGCGGCGGCGGCUGAGGCUGGAGAGGACGAGGAGCACGCGCUGGCGAGGGAGUGUGGUCUUUCACAGCUCGCCCUGGAGAAGGUGCCAACGGACCAGGAGCUGAACCGGCUGGUGCACCGGCUGGGUCCGGAUUGGGAGUGGAUCGUGGUGGACCUGGGUGUGCCGGUGUGGGAGGUGCAGCGGUGCCGUGCUGAGUAUCCGCUCAGCCCACACGGCCAGGCCCUGGCCAGCCUGGUGCGCUGGAGGCAGCGCUCGGGGAGAAGGGCCACUGUCCGCCGCCUCCUCCGGAGCCUCCAAGCAGCGGACGUCCACCCGUCUGUGCUGGAAGACGUGUUUCACUGAGAAUCGGGUGGACCGUGGGAGGUGCCGAGGGGGCUGUAAGGCUGCAUGUGGACCUGUCACGAACAAGAAUUUAGUUUCACAAUGGACCAUUUUGUUUGGUCUCACAGAGAACCAUUUUAUAUAAUUUUUUUAUAUUUAUAGCCUACAGUACUCAGGGAAGCUGGAAAGCAGUAUUCCGACUCUGUAACCAGUUCUUGUGCCAUUUGUCCGGAGGGUGCUUGUGUUAUUUUUUUAAUCGCACUUCUGCCUUGGAAUCGUCAUCGAGCUUGUGCUGCAUAAUAAAUCCCUGUUUACUUGGCGCAAAGCAACGGAAGCCGCUUCGACAAUCCAGUCUGCACAUUAAAGUAUUCGCAGUGGCUCAGCCGAGAGAAAACAUGUCGGAGAACCUUCACCUGGAUAUAUAUUUCACGGGUGAGCCCCUAGUCAGAGGCUCGGAAUUUAUAAAUAGAGUCCGUGACCUAAAGGGCAACGUUGUGGACCCUUUUUGUUAUAAAACAAUGUGACAUAUUUGCACUUUCCUCUGGUUUUGUGUCCUCCAAAUCCAUACCUGCACCCUACAGACACAGGGUUAACAUGGUUUGCUGUUCCAUUAUAUUUUUGUAUAACUUUUGGGUGGCAUAUAGUUAAUCAGUCGCCAUUCUCGUUGUAGUUGUUACUGCCCUCUAAGUAUGUUAUUGAUUUACGGCUUAUAGAUAUGAAGCAACUAAAGUGUUUUCCAAGAAAUUUCUCUGAUAACUGAGGCUGAUUAGACAUUUGACGCUGAAAGGUUACAUUAGUUUGAAUUCUUUGCUCUCCAUGUAAAGACACAAAAAAGAAUAGUAUUAAACAGGCACAUUAGUUUUAUCACAGCAGCAAGAUUGUUCAAACCUUUUUUUUUUUUUUUUAAAAAAACAUUUUUUUUUAGGCAAACACCAUGUGACUUCUUGCCUUGAUUGAGACAUCCUAGGGUGUUCGGAAGAACAGAAUUAAACUAUGUAGAAGCAGCAGUACCGAGAAAGUUCCACAUCAGUCCCGAGCACUGCAUUUCAACAGCAUAAAAUAGACAUAAAAGAGGAACUUUAGGGGGAAAAAAACAAACUGCACUGCAUGGAAUACUGAAAUA